CUGACGAAAAUGCAUCUUAUAUUUUUAUAUAGUACAUGUUUACAACGAAAUAUACGAAUAUUUGUAACAUAUGAAAUGUGUGUUAGCUGUAUAAAGACGUGGAAGAACAUUUAUUAGCAUGCGGCCAACAAGCCUGGUUAUUAAAGUAGCAUUUCUCAGGUUGAGAGCUACAUUUGGAGUUGGUGCUGGAUUUUAUAUUCAUAUGACACAAUUUCACCUUCAAAUAGAUUUAAAACGCCUUCCUCCGUGUUCCUCCCUGUUCGUGGUUUGAACCCUAACGUUUCUCUCCACAUUCAUCUUUCUCAGCCAUUCCCUCCCAGAGAUGACAGAAGUUUCCUGCAGGAUGUGGAUUGCUGUGUUGCUGCUGUGUAUGAGAGCAGCAGAUUCCAGCCACAUCGAGUUCACAGCUGCAGACCUGCAGGACAAACUGCUCUCAGGGAAGAUGCUGUUCAUCUACUUUGAGCAUCAAGUCACUCCGACCAUCACUCUCUUCCUGGAGGAGCUAGCGAAGUCUGCUGAAGCUCUGCAGGAUUAUGGGAUACUGGUUGGCAAGGUCAGCUGCAGAAGAGAGCGGGUCCAGAAGUACUGCACCGAGGAGCGGCUGCGGCACACGGCCUUCCUGUUCAGAGGCGGGAAGGAGUUCCUGAGUUUUGACCUGGACACCGUCUUCGACGUCAACUCCAUCGUCUCAGAAGUCUUGUUUGCCAUCCUGCGAGAGGAGGUCAAAUACGUCCACACAGACGCCGACCUGCUGGCCAUGGAGAAGGCAGCACGGGGGAGGAAGGACAUCGUGCUCGGGUUCGUCCGCAGUCUGGGAACGCAAGAGCACAGGUCGCUGAUGGAGACGGCGUACGUGUACGGAUCCAAGUAUCAGUUCAUCCUCAUCACCGGAGGUCCGGUUCUGAAGCAGCUGGGGGUGAACGAGUCGUCGCCGUCGUCUCGAGUCUGGUUCCUCCACUGCAGAGUUCACAGCGCCUUCAUGAGCCCCAUGACGUCGGACCGCUGCCCCCUGACCCCCCUGAGGACGGCCGUGUCCACCCUCAGCCUCCACGCCUUCCUGCAGCUGAUGGAGGCGCCGCUGCUGUCCGAGGUCUACGUGGACCCGUCGUCGGUGCCGCCCCCCCAGUUCCCCUACCAGCUGACCCCUCAGGUCUUCCUGUUCUCCCGGCCCGCCACCGAGCACCUGGACCUGGACACGGCCACCACUCUGGCCUGGAGGCUGCGCGGCGUCGCCCUGCUGUUGCUCGUCCACAGGCAGAGUCCGGCGGUGCGGACCCCCCAGGAGUACAACGCUGCCUACCGGCUGCCUGAGAAGAGCUCGGAGGUGAAAUAUCUGACCCUACACAGCCUGGACGAGGUGCUGGACCUCUUCAUGACGCAAAGGAAGGACGGAGAUGAGGAGGAGGAGGAUGAAGAGGAGGAUGAGGAGGAAGAUCUACAUUUUGGCGAGCUGGACGACGAGGUGGCGGCCUCCGUGUUUGAAGAGCGAGGCGGCGCCGUGGACAUGGACUCCGUCACCCAGCUGAGCUCUGACGGCUUCCUGGCCGCGGUGGCAGGAAGCAGCCUCUCCGUGGUGCUCUUCUACCUCAAAUGGGACGCUGUUUCCAUGGCUUUUCUUAGCUCCUUCAUCGAGGUGGCGGAGCUGCUGGCAGAUUCCGACAUGGACGAUGUUCAGAUGAGCGCCGUGGAUUGUGGCGAGUGGACCGACCUCUGCGCCGCGCGGACGGGAGAAGCCCUUCCCUUCCAGCCAAUCACAGCCUUCCCCAGUGUCCUGCUGCUCCGCCCCCAAGAGCCCGCCCAGCCGUACGGAGGAAUGCUGGGUAGUGAGGCGCUGCAUCGCUUCAUCCUCAUGAGCCGCUCAGCCUGCCCCGUGCUGCUGUCCACCCGAGAGGAUGUGACUUCCUUCACGCAGGACGCCGCCCGGCCCGAGCUCGCCGGCCUCAGGCCCGACCGGGUUCUGGGACUGUUCCAGACGCAGACAGGAGUGUCCGUGUUCACCGAGGCAGCCAGGUCUCUGAGGGGAGAGGUGCUGAGUGGACUGCUGACGGGCCCACCGGCGGGGGAACGGGCUGCAGAGCUGGCCGUGGACCUCCCCGCCGUGCUGGUGUUUCCAUCCUGGAGGACGAACACCCGUCCCUCCGCGCUGCCCCUGUCCUCCUCCGCCGAGGAGCUGCUCGCCCACAUCAGCCUUGUCCUGCUCAACCCCGUGCCUGAGCUGACGGUGCAGAACCUGCCGUCCUUCCUCCAGCCGGGCCGAGCCCUCCUGCUCCUCUUCGUGGGGGAGGAGGAGGACGAGAUCGGGCGGAGGCAGAACCAGGCCCUGGUGGAGGAGCUGAGGCGGGUGGUGGAGCUGGGAGGGAGCAGGGUGGAGCGCUACCUGGCCUGCUGGAUCCACCUGGGGCGGACCCCGGCUGGGAUGUCAGUCCUGGGGGCGUACCUGGGGUACAUGCCCCCCCUCCCUGCUCUGGUGCUGGCACACCUGCCCUCCGGAGGGGAGAUCUACCAGUACCCGCCCAGCGCUGCCAUGGGGGCGUCCUCGGUGCUGCAGUGGCUGCAGAGGGUGGAGGACGGGGCGGAGCCGCCGGCGGGGAUGCUGGGAGAGGAGCGCUGGCCCCCGCCGGUGGAGGCCUACGACUUCCUGGCCGUCAUGGACCAGCAGGAUCCCCAGUCCUCCCAGCAGCAGGCUCCCACGGAGGAAGAGGACGGGGGUGAAGAAGGAGUUCACGUCGAGGAGCAUGUGGUCACAGAGGACAUGUUGGACCAGGACAACGUCCACUCUGAGCUGUAGGGGGGCUUUAUUUUAUUUUCUGCUCAGAAAAGAGGAUAAAAGGACCAAAGGGA